AUGAGACCCGAGGGGAGCGACGGGCUGCCGCCGCGGACACCACCGUCGCCAUCUGCGCGAGCACGGGCGGCCGAGGCCGAGGCCAAGCGCGAAGACGGUGGUUCGAGGUCAUCACUUGGCCUCGGAGAAGCGGGCGACGAUGAGACCAGCAAUGGCGACGGCAGCGACAACGAAUUGCUGGCAUCGCUGCCCGUCUACCUGAGUGACUCGCUGCCGGCGACGAGCACGCUGCACGUGUUCCAGUACCCGACGUACCCGCGGGGCAGGCCGCUGCCGGUGCCUGAGGGCGCGCGGUCGCGAGGGCUCGCCGAGAGCGUGCGCUGGAAGGCACGGAGCAACCACGUCGAGGUCGAGCUGCCGCUGGACAUGCGGCCUGCCGUCUACAACCUCGACCGGGGCACCGACAUGGCCAAGGGCGCCAGUCCCGACGAGGACGGCAGCAGCGGCGGCGGCGGCGAUGCGCUCGAUGGUGCUGGAGGAGGAGGAGCACGCGGCACAGCGAGAAGGCCAAGGGUGAAGCGUGAGGGAGGCAUCGGCGCAGGUCCUGCAGGCACCAUCACGGGCGAGAAGCGGCUCGAGCGGACGCGGCUCAAGAGCAGCCUGGUGCCCAACCAGACCAACUACCUCGUGGGCGUCGUGCGCGACAAGGCGCUCCACCUCACGCCCCUCCACUCUGUCCUCCAGCUCCGGCCCUCGAUGCACUACCUCGACGGCCUCGACGAGCUGUCCGAGGCCGAGAAGCGCCGUGGUGGCGCCGAGACAGACGACGGCGGCGACGGUGACGAGGGCCCCGCAGCGGCAGCGGCUGCUGCUGCUGCUGCUGCUGCGGCGCCUGCACGAAAGGCGCAGAACAUCAACGUCAGCAUCCGUGCCAGCGGCCAGGACGGCGCCGGACGGGGCGGCCAUCCGGGCAGCGGCGGCGGUGGCGGCGGCGGCGGGCCCAUGGACUCGCGCGACGUCCUCAUGGCGGCCCAGCGCGAGGCAGAGGGCGAGAAGUGGGUCGAGCUCGAGUGGAGCAACGAGUCCGACAUCGGCGCACGAAAGGCCCUCGACGGGCAGAUGUUUGCGUCGUCGAAGCGGUCGCUCACGUGCCUCACACGGCCGCGCCAGUUUCUCGAGUGUUGA